AAAGGGUUUCGAUUGUUGGCCGCGAAGUGCAGCCGAUGGUCACAAACACGUGGUCUCAAUGUUCACGAACACGUGGCGAUGGAUGUGUUGCGGUCGGGAGGCGUGAAUGUGCCGCAGUUCGGCGUCGCGCGCACGGCUCAGGAGGCCAUGGAAGUCGCCCGCAAACUGUCGUCCAGCGACUUCGUGGUGAAGGCACAGGUGUUGGCCGGCGGCAGAGGUCGCGGACACUUCAGCUCCGGCCUCAAAGGGGGCGUCAAAUUGGUUUACUCGACGGAAGAGGUUCACGACGUGGCGCGCAAAAUGUUGGGCCACACUUUGGUGACGGCGCAGACCGGAGACAAAGGCAUCCAAUGCUCGGAAGUGAUGAUCGUUGAGCGCGUGUUUCCGCGCCGCGAGUACUACUUCGCGCUGAUGAUGGAGCGCGCGUUCAACGGCCCCGUCAUCAUCGCCUCCUCGCAG